AUUAGAAAAGAUGAAUUGACAUUUUUCCUAAAAUUACUUAAAACUCUAAAGUUGAGUUACAACUUAAAAGGUUAUUAAUAAUACUCUCUUUUGAAACAUUCUGUAUUUUAUUUCUCACUUGCUCUUUAACCCUCCAAGCUACCCUGUGCGGCGGCAAUCAGAAGCAUUGCAAGUCGGAAAUUAGCGACGACCCAACGCCGACGGAAAACUCCACCACUCCGUUGUAAUGGAUAAGUACAGAGAAGCAAAGGUGACCAAAUUUGAGGAAUUUGUUGAUCGUCGGUUGAGGCCUGAUCUUGUUAAGGCCAUUGCUGAAAGGGACAAGGUUUUUGAACGGCAGAAGAUAUUCUCAGAUUUGAAGAGGAACAUACAGAAUUUGGAGAAGAAUAGCGUAAGCAGCCUCAAGACGUUAGUCAAUCUUGGAUCUGAAGUGUACAUGCAAGCAGAAGUCCCUGACACACGCCGCAUAUUUGUAGAUGUUGGAUCGGGAUUUCAUGUUGAAUUCACCUGGUCUGAAGCUUUAAAUUACAUCGCAGCAAGGGAGGAACGGCUAGCCAAGCAAAUAGAGGAAUAUACUCGUAUGAUAGCAUCAAUCAAAGCUCAAAUUAAGCUGGUUUGUGAAGGGAUACGAGAGUUGCUGCAGAUUCCAGUGGAGUAAUACCUUUUUUUUGGGGUUCUUUAAAGGAAUCUCUCCUGAAGUCCUGGACAUAUAGCAUUAUGGGUGAUCUACUUUCAGUUUGUAGUGAACUUCUAUAUAUCAGAGUCAGGAGUUAUUACCGGAGCUUAUCAAAUCUCUGUAGUGAUAGGAAUGUAAAGAUCAGAGCGAAUGACAUUAUGUCUGCUAAUUUAGGUUCUGUGAUAUUAGUUUGCUUGUUAGAAAAAGCACCAUAUACAUUUUUCUGUCGAUUCAAUGAAAAAAAAGUGUUUUAUAAAUCCUUAUCAUUGAUAUGGCAGAGUUGAGUUUUCAUA